GGGAUCCCAAACAGCCCGUGAGUCCGGUAAAGAAGAGUCGCGCCCAAAUCGGGUUAUAAACCAUGAGCUGGGCGUUGGAGGAGUGGAAGGAUGGACUUCCAGGGAAAGCCCUGCAGAAGAUCCAGGAGAUGGAAGUCCAACUGGACAAACUGAAGAAGGAAAGGACCCAGAAGCAGUUUCAGCUGGACUCCUUAGAAGCUGCCUUACAGAAACAGAAACAAAAGGUGGACAGUGAGCGUAAUGAGAUCUCUGGUUUGAAAAGAGAAAACCAGUCCUUAGUAGAGUCAUGUGACUCUUUGGAGAAAGCUCGUCAAAAGGUUGUCCAUGACCUCGGAGUCAAAGAGCAGCAGGUUAGCUACCUGGAGGGUCAGCUUAACUCAUGCAGGAAAACCAUAGAACGACUGGAGCAGGAGCUUAAGAAGUACAAAAAUGAACUGGAUCGUUCUGCAGGUGCUUCUUUGUCCUCUUCCUGCUCUGAUCUUCAGGCUGCCACCACUCCACAGAAAGGUUUUGCUACACCAGCUCCUGUUCAGGCCUUCAGACAUCAGGAUAACAAACUAGAGGAAUUGCAGGAGAAAUAUAGCCAGGAGGUAGAAGAAAGAAAGAGGCUAGAGACUGAACUCAAAGUCCUUCAGGUCAAAAUGUUGAAUCAGACAUCAGUUAGUGUAAGCCAUAAGGACAUUGCUGCUCGCCAGCAAGCUGGAUCAUCCAUAUUCCCAUGGCAACAGCAGGAUCAAGUACACAGCCGCCAUUCUCAAGAUGCAAUGGAAACACCACUGAAGAGACGGGGUAUGUCUCUGUGGGAGACCCAUGAGGCGACUCCAAUCAAGGCCAGUCAGCGAAUGAGCUGUUAUGCAUCAAUGCCGAGUCCCAGUGGGUCUUCCCAACAGAUGGAUCAGCUCAAGACUCUCAACCAAGAGCUGCGAGGACGUGUGUCAGAGCUAGAGAGGAGUUUGGCCAAUCAGGAUAAGGACAUUCGCAGCCAAGCCUCCAAACUACAGGAACUGCAGACUCAGCUGAACCAGGCUCGUAAAGAUCUGACUGAGCGGGACAGAGACCUGGCCAAGACCAGCCAUGAGCUGAGUCAGGCCACAGACAGACACCAACAGGUCCAAGCUAAGUGUUCAUCUGUUGAGCAAAAGCUGAAACAAGUCACAGAGGAGAUGAGUUGUCAAAGGCACAAUGCAGAGAGCUGCAAACGAGCUCUGGAACAAAAACUCAAGGACCAGGAAAGAGACAGUCAAAAGGAGCUUGCCCAGCUGCAGAAUACUCAUCGGGCUUUGGAGCAGCAGUUGAACCAGACCCAGACUAAGCUGACACAAGAGAUCCAGCAGUACAAGAAGGACUAUAAUGUACAACAGUCUGACAUGGAAAAGCUGACCUUCCAAAAGAAGCAGAUUGAGAAGGAGCUGGAGGAACAGAAGCAGAAACUGCUGAGGGCAGAACAGAGCCUGCAGGCAACUCAGACCAAAGAGCAGGAUGUCCGCAAGAAAAUGGAGGAGGUGCAGAGAGAGAAGAACAGUGUGUCUGUCCAGUUGGACCAGAGCAGCAGGCGCCUGAGUCAGCUGGAGGAUGAGAAAAAGAGCUCAGACCAGAGCCUUAAACGCACCCAAGGUCUAUUAGAUGACCUCAAAGCAAAAUCAGAGGCUCAGUCUGAGGAGCUGAAGAGGCUUCAGUCUAAACUGGAGCAGCAGACUCAGUCCUCAGCUUGGGAGCUGGAAAACAUGAAAAAGACACUUUCUGAAGCAGAGGCCAAAAAUGACAAAUCUCAGAAUGAACUGCAGAGACAGAAGCAGCAGACAGAGCAGUUGACUAACAAGGUGAGCGUCUUGGAGAGGGAGAGCCAAGAGCUGAAAUCCAGUCUCACUGCGAGUCAGACUGAGUGUACUGAACUUAAAGGAGAAUACCAAGCACUGCUGCAGUGGAGAACAGAGAAGGAAACCCUCAUUAAUGAAACCGAGUCUGUGCAAAAGGAACUCGCAGAUAAAAUCAGCAACUUGGAGAAGAGUCUCACCACGCUGAAUGAAGCUACUGAUGAACUCAAGAGGCAGUUGGUGAAUGUAGAAGGAGAAAAAGCCACUCUCUCUGCUCACAUAGAUUCUUUGAAGGGAGAACUUCUCAUCAAGAGCACUGAGCUGGAGGAGAAGGAACACCAGUACCAAGAGCUCCAGUCCCAGUUUGCUGAGGCUGGACAGAAGCACACCAAGGAUCUAGAGAAUGUUGGUUUGCAAGUGGCACAACUUCAGUCUCAGGUGAAAGAUCUUCAGUCACAGUUGCAAAAGGAAGUUAGUCGAGCCGAGCAGGCUGAGAGGACAAACACCCAGCUACAGGAUGAACACCAGGCGACCUGUGACCUGGUCCGCUCCAAAGACCAACUGGUGGAACUGGGCCAAGCCGAGAUCAACCAGCUGAGAGAGAGCCUCACUUUGGCAACUGCACAGCAGGAGCAGCAGAAUACGAGGUGGGAAGAGGAGAAAGGUUCCCUGCUGAAGCACUGUGAGGAGAGCAUUUCAGCAAAGGCUGAAGAAAUUGAGCAGAUUAAGCUGCAUUUGGAAGAGGCUCAACAAGAGCUACUGCUUACAAAAAAUCAGGUCAGUUCCAUGGAUCAGUUCUUGAAGGUCCAGGAACAGUUGUCAACUGAGCUGCAGAAACAAAUUAAGACGCUCUCAGAUAGUGAGGACGAAAACAAAAAGAUGUACGAGGAAAAAUCAAAGGAAGUUCAGUUGAUUGAACAGGAGAUGAAGGAGCUGCAGAGUCAGAUAGAAGAGAAGGAGAAGUAUCACAGAGAAGCUAAAGCUGAGAUACUCUCUCUGGAGGAACAAAAGGCUGAGCUGGAAAAAGCAAUACAAGAGAUGAAGAAAGAUGCAGAGAUUUUCCAAAAUACUCAGGCUGAGAAGAUAAACAACCUUCUGGUACAGAUAUCAACUCUGGAAGAGACUGUUUCUGCAGGGAAAGAGGCAGCAGAGAAACUUGUCAUCUUGCAGAGUGAAAUGCAUGCAGUCAACCUGGCUCAUGCUGAACUUCAGAAGAAUCUGGAAGCUCUUGAACAGAGUCACUCUUCUAUUCUUGAAAUCAAAUCAAACUUGGAGAAUAGCCUGCUUGAGAAAAACAACUUGGCUGCUGCUUUGCAGAAAGAGAUCAUAGAACUCACAGAGAAGAUGAGCAAAGCGUCUGCAAGUCAUGCUGUGGAGAGAGAAAAUUUCCUUAAUAACGAGAACAACCUUAAAGAUCAGCUUGAAGCAGCAAAGCAAGCAGUGACUGCUGCUAAAGCGGAACUAAGGUCUCGUCGGGAGGAGAUCAAAACCAUGAAGACCACUCUGACUGCAGCUUCAAGUGGACUGAAAGAGAGGGACAACACAAUAAAAGAGCUGAAGGAGAAGCUGAACAAAGCAGAAGCAGAACAAACCAAAACCUCAGAGCUCCUGAAGGAGAAGACAGUCGCCAUGAAUAAAAUUAAGGUGCAGCUGGAGAUGCUUCAAAUGGACCUGGAGGACAACGAGUCAGCUAUGAACUCCUUUGACAAUCAGGUGGAAGAGCUGAAGGGAACCGUUGAGUCACUUGAGGCCCAGUUGGCUCUGAACAAAACCCAGAUGGCUGAUAUGGAAGUCAGGCUGGAAGACAGCAAAGCCCAGGUCUCUGUCUUGGAGUCCCGGUUAGAAGAGGUCCAGUCUCAGAACUCUGUGCUGGAGACACAGUAUGUCACAGCAAGGGAGGAGUUGAUGGAGAGAAGCUGUGAAAUAACUCGUUUAGAAGAGGAUGCUGUGAGACGAGACCAACUAGAGGAGAGUAUUGUUGCCUUAGAGUUGAAACUUGGUGAGAUCACAGAGGAAAAGAACAAGUUAGAGACAACUCUAACUCAGCUGAUUAAAGACAAAGACCUGUUGGUCAAAGAAAAGAACAACAUUGAGACUAACAUGAUGGAAGUUAAUAUGGAGAAGAAACAGUUGAAAGACAGCAUAAAUAAACUUACUGAGGAGAACCAACAGCUGCAAACCAGCAUUAAUCAGUUAAGUACAGAAAUACAGAAUGCAAAGUCAAAUAUGGAGCGAAUGACUACAGAGAAACAAGAAGCUGAAUCUACCCUGAGACAGACCAUUGAGGAAAGAGAACAGCUAGAUGUUGCCCUCAGCAUGAAAAAUGAGGAAAAACUCCAACUGGAGACUAAAAUAAGUGAACUAGCAUCAGAGAAAAAUGAUCUGGUGACUAAGUUUAAUCAAGUGGUUGAGGAAAAGCUUCAACUGGAAAUGAGCUGUGAUCAGCUGAGAGAAGAAAAUGACAGAUUAGAAUAUAAUGUGAUUCAAGACUCUGAGGACAAGCUGCAGUUACAGGAAAGAAUAGAGAGGUAUGAAAAUGAGGUGUCUUCACUCCAAGAGAAGAAUGAGUGCAUCCAGCGUUCCCUCCUGUCCUCAGAGCAGGAACACCAGAAGCUGAAGGAGGAGCUUGAGAUGAGGAACGAGGAGGAGAACAAACACAGGAGCCAACGUUUUGAGGCAGAGCAGGCAGAACUCCAUCAGAAGCUGGCCAGCUUACAGGAAGAGCUUAUUGUGUUCAAGCAGCAGUAUGAUUCACUGCUGGAACAGGUCGGUGAGCAACACAGAAUCAUACAGCAGUUCUCUGAACAGAAGGAAACCCAGGACCAAGCAGAAACCAUCAGCCGCAUGGAGUCUGUGCAGGCAGAAGUGACUGCAGAAGAAGGCCUUGCCAAUACAGAGACUGCACUGGAGACAGCUGUGGAUGAAGUUGGUUCUAAUACUGAUGCGCUCCUAGAUACAAGUGCACAUUCUCAUCCACCGGAAAAGGAUUUCAGUGAGACAGAGCAGGACUGCGAGGAGCACAUCGCUAAGAAAGAAAUGAUCCAUCUGGAGGAGGAGAAGGAUGCAUGUGCUGCUGAUGUAGAUGAAAUGGAGAGUAAUAAUGAAGAGAAGCAGCAGAAUGACCUUCAACAGUCAGAUCAGAUUCCUGGAGAUGGCAGUGCUGAUUCUAAAAAUGAGUCUGAUGCGCAGGGAGAACAAUCCUCAGGGUCUGAUUUACAAGAUGACUUUGAACACCACAUGGAAAUAGACAGAAAAGAGCAAGAGUUACAGACCCUGCGUUCAGAGUUUGACGUAUUAAACUCUGACCUUGCACUCAGAAAAGAGUUGACUACUGAGCUGGAGGUCCUGGUGAAAAACUUGGAGAACAAAGUUAGUGUGGCUGAGGAGGAGGCACGUGGUGUAGCACAUAAAUUAAAAGUAUGCUUGGAGGAGCAGAAAGGCCUUGCAGACCAGGUCGCUCAGCUGUUAGAGGAGAAGGAGACAUUAACUCUGCAGCUGCAAACCUCUAAAUGCCAGCUGACUGAUGUCAUGGAGAUGCUGGAGGGGCUGGAGAUGGCCAAAGGUGGAUGGGAUGAGAAGUUCCUUCAACAGGAGAGUGAGCUGAAGAGGGUGCGCUCAGAGAAAGCUAACCUGGAGCAGCACAUUCUGGGAAUGGAGGGAGAGCUGGAGACGCUGCAGGAGGAGAGGAUGAGGCAGAAGGAAGAGAUGGAAACCCAGCGGAGGACCUGCUCAGGCAUGGAGCACCAGAUAGAAACACUCCUGACAGAGACAACCCAGCUGAGAUCAGAACUAGUUUCCUGCACAGAGGAGCGAGAUGAGUUGAGCCUGUCUUUGCGCCAAAGCAAAGAGCAAGUUCACAAUCUGGAGAAGACAAACUGUGACACCAGAGCCCUAAUUGUCAUACUGGAAGAGGACAUCAGAGCAGGGAAGAAGGACUUUGAAGCACUGAAAAGCAAAAUGGAAAAACUGGACGCAGAGAAGCAACAGCUGUUGGAGCAGGUCAAGACUCUUGAGCAGGCGAUCUCUCAGCAGUGUGGAGAAAGAGAGGAGCUUAUUGAUCAACUGGAUAGAAUCAAAGAAGACCACACCUCUGAUAUUCAGCACACAGAAUCCAUGGUCAGCAAGAUACAGGCCUUAGAGGGAGAAGUGUGCCGCCUAUCACAGUCUUUAGAGUCUUCUCUAUUAGAGAAGGGAGAAAUUGCUUCUCGUCUGAACUGUACACAAGAUGAGGUUCAGCAGAUGAGGACUGGCAUUGAAAAGCUCCAGGUCCGCAUUGAAUCAGAUGAGCGAAAGAAAAGGAAGAUGGGAGAGCUGCUUAAAGCUGCACAGAGAAAGUCAGAUGUAUUACAAGACCGUAUUGAAAGCCUCGAGCGAGAGAAGGAAGAGGUGGAGCAAAGUCUAGAGGACGCUGUGGUGCAGGCUGAGACUGUUAAAGCUGAGCUGGAAGAGGAGAAGAGAAAGGUGGAGGAGGAGAAAAUGGAGCUCAUUGAGAAACUAACAGAGCUCUCUGCUGCUCUGGAAAACCUCAGAACUGAGAAAGAGUCCAUGGAAAGAGAUCUGGAGAUGAAAAACAAAGAGAUUGAAGAACUGAAGGCAGUUAAAGAGCAGCUGGAGCAAGGACUGGAGAGGGUUCAAACAGAUAGAAGAGAAGAAGAAGAAAGACAGAACAUCAGGGUACAGGAACUGGAGAAAGGGAUGAAAGAGGAAGCAGAGAAACAAACAAGACAGAUGGAUGAUCUCCAGACACAGCUUGAGGUCUUGAAGGAAAAGGAGAUCUCUUAUGACCAAACAAUUUCAGAAAUGGAGGGAGAGAAAGAAAGGAUGAAAUCUCUGCUGGUUGAGUUGGAGAAAGAGAAAAUCUGUCUGCAGAGCUCUUUGGAGGAGUUGCAAACAGAGGGAGAAAGGCUUUGCACUCAGGGAGAGGAGUGGGAGAAAGAGAGAAAUGAUCUGAAGAGUCAUAUUGAGGUUUUAGAAGAAGAAAAUGGGACCCUUAAAACCCUUGUGAAAGAUAAUGAGGAAGAGCAAAGAGCAUUUGCAGCAGAGAGGGAGCAGGAAGCAGGUCAGCACCAAGCCUCUUUGCAAACCAUCUCAUCUCUUACGGCAGAGAAAGAUCAGAUUGAGGAGGAAAACAGACAGCUGCAAGAUGAGAAAGAGAAAUUACAUUCAAACUUAGUUUCAGUUGAACAAGAGAGAGAUAACCUGUGCAGCACUCUGGCAGAUGUGAAAGAACAAAACGAAAAUCUAGCUAGUGAGAAAGAGAAGCUUCAGUCUAAUCUGACUUUGAUAGAAAAGGAAAAACUUGAUAUGCAGCAAACCCUCUUGUCACUAAAAGAAGAAAAGGAAAGACUAGAGGAGAAACACAAGUUAGAGGCUGAAGUAAAUAAAUGCCAGUCUGCUCUGUCUUUGAUGAAAGAAGAAAAAGAAACGUUAAGUACAGCUCUUUCUUCACUGGAAAAGGAAAAGCAGAGAGCAGAAGAAGAGAAAGAGCAACUCAGAGAGCAACAGGAGAACCUCCAGUCUACAGUUAACUCCAUGGAGAAAGAGUUGGAAACACACAAAUUAUCUAUUUCAGAGCUUAAUGAGCAGAUAUCAGAGCUUUCAUCUCGUGCCACUCGUCUGUCCAAAGAGAGAGACUCUGCUCUGAGCAAGAUGAACCUUUGGAUGAAGACCUGCAAACAGAUGGAGCAGGAGAAGCAAAUGGCAUUAAGCAACUCAGAUGAUGGAAAGGUCAGCGAGGAUAUGCAGGCUGAACUCAGUCAACUGAAGGUGGCAGCAGAGGAGAGACAGAAAGAAGUGAAAGAGCUGAAGGCUGCCCUAGAGGUGAAGAGGAUGGAAGCUGAAGAAAAAAUGAACGAGUCACAAGAAAAAACCAAGAAAGUGGAAGAACUCAAAGCUGCUCUUGAUGAAAAGAAGAAAGAAUUAGAAGAGAAGAAUAAAGAGCUGGAAGAAACCAAGACUGAGCUGCAAGAACUGAAUGAACUUGUUGAGGAGAAAAGCAAGGAGGCUGAUGAGAGCAUGGACAAAUACUGCAGUUUGAUGGUCCAAGUCCACAAACUGGAAGAGGCCAAUGACGCACUAACAACACGGCUGGAGCAACUGACAGCUGGUAACCACGUCAGUGUAGGAGACAAUACCUCGCUCCUUCACACCCAGAGUACUGACAGCCGCCGCUGCUCAAAAAGAAAGUCCUCCUCCAAACAUCAGGGAGAAAAAAUGUCUGAAAACAGUGAGAACGUGACCCCUUCAACACCUCACAGGUCUCCUCAGGGCUCAUCAUCUGGGAAGAGGGGCCACUGUGACAUCAGCGAUAAAGACGCCGCACAGGAAGCUCUGAACAACCUGACAAAGAAGAUCAAAGCCAAUGCAGCAGCGACACCCAAACUAAGAACUGAACAGGAAGAGGAGGACUUCAGGCCAGAGGGUCUUCCAGAGCUGGUGCAGAAAGGGUUUGCUGAUAUUCCUCUUGGCGAGGCCAGUCCAUUCAUCAUGAGAAGAACCACAGUGAGGCGCUGUAGUCCUCGGAUCGCUGCAAGACAGACCAGCACUGUAACCACUGCCUCCACCUCUGCACCAGACAAGGUUUUGGAGCCCAUUUCCCUCCAGAGUCCGUCUGUCGAUAUGGUGCCAAACGGCCCCAACAGAAAGUCUCUUUCACAAAGUGGCGAGGAGAAAACCGUCCGUCGUCUGAGUUUACGGCAUACGCCAGAGCAGAAGGAGAAAGUUUUAAGACAGCAAGCCCAACAAGGAGACAACUGUCACGUUCAGUAAACAUCACACCAACACACAAUCACUCUUCCACACAGGAUUUUUGUACGAAUAUCCACAUCAACACUCAGACAUGAAAAGCUGACACUCCACUUUAAAACACAUGCUUUUAUUUAGAGAAUGUAAAUAUCACAUUUCAACACUUUGGUACAGCUUAAUGUCCUGCUUUUUGUUAUGUGAUGCACCUCUUUUUUUUAGGGCUAUGAUCUCAUUUCCUUUCACUAUAGAAAAAAAACAAUCUGAGCAUCUUUGUAUGUACUUGUCUUCUUGUUGUGUUAAUUGUGGUAAACCAGACAAGUGGAGGUGGUUUUGGUUCAGCAAAACUAUGAAUUACCAGAUAACUUUAGUUGACAGACUACUAACUACUGUCCUUCUUCAUCCCACUCUUCAUCUUCUGUUUGUCUUUUAACUGUUGAGUGACUUUGUCCUUAGUGUCGCAGAAUUAAUCCAAAAUUUUUCUGAUGAUUCUGAAUGUAAACCAGCUUAUAAUGUAUGAUCAUUUUUAACUCUAUCAUUUGGUUUUAUGUUGUUUAAAGCUGUUUUUGCUUUGCUUUGUGAGAAAUGUCUUUUCCUGGUCCUUGUACAUAGUACUGUAGAUGAUAUAUACAGAAAUAACCGCUGUGCUCUGUGUGUUCAUUAACACGUUACCUGUUUGUUAAUGGCAGCUAAAACUGUGUAGACUGGACUCUUAGUAAUUGUACUGCACUGCAUUUUAUCAUUUUUGUGUUUCGAUGAUUAUUUAGGUAGAUUGCUUUAAUUCUUUGUAAAUAGCUGCAAAUUGUUACCUUCUUAGUAAACUUUUUUUUUAACUGUU